UCAAAAUGGCUACCACGAAUGAUUCGAAGGCGCCUUUGCGCCAAGUAAAAAGAGUACAAUUUGGUAUAUUAUCACCAGAUGAAAUCCGACGUAUGUCAGUCACAGAUGGAGGCAUUCGCUUCCCUGAAACUAUGGAGGGGGGAAGGCCCAAGCUGGGUGGACUCAUGGAUCCUCGACAAGGGGUGAUCGAUAGAAGUUCCAGAUGCCAAACGUGCGCUGGAAACAUGACGGAGUGUCCUGGUCACUUUGGUCACAUUGAUUUGGCCAAACCAGUGUUUCACAUUGGUUUCAUAACAAAAACAAUAAAAAUUUUGAGAUGCGUUUGUUUUUAUUGUUCAAAACUGCUUGUCAGUCCGACAAAUCCAAAAAUCAAAGAGGUGGUGAUGAAAUCUAAGGGUCAGCCACGUAAAAGGUUGACAUAUGUAUAUGACUUGUGCAAAGGCAAAAAUAUUUGUGAGGGUGGUGAAGAUAUGGAUAUAGGGAAGGAAGGUGAAGAGGGGAAGAAAGGUACAGGUCAUGGAGGUUGCGGACAUUACCAGCCAUCCAUUAGAAGACAGGGUUUGGACGUCACUGCUGAAUGGAAGCAUGCAAAUGAGGACACACAAGAAAAGAAAAUUAUAAUCACAGCUGAAAGAGUUUGGGAAAUUUUAAAGCAUAUCACAGAUGAAGAGUCAUUCAUAUUGGGUAUGGAUCCUAAAUUUGCUAGACCAGAUUGGAUGAUUGUCACUGUAUUACCUGUGCCACCACUAUCAGUGCGACCUGCAGUUGUCAUGUUCGGUGCUGCUAAAAAUCAAGAUGACUUGACACACAAACUUUCUGACAUUAUUAAAGCUAAUAAUGAGCUUAUGAGGAAUGAACAAUCAGGAGCUGCAGCCCAUGUUUUAGCUGAGAACAUCAGAUUAUUGCAAUUCCAUGUGGCUACUUUUGUGGAUAAUGAUAUGCCGGGUAUGCCAAAAGCCAUGCAGAAGUCAGGAAAACCACUAAAAGCUAUAAAAGCUCGCCUCAAGGGUAAGGAAGGCAGAAUCCGUGGAAACCUUAUGGGCAAACGUGUGGACUUCUCGGCUCGUACUGUCAUCACACCAGAUCCCAAUUUACGUAUUGAUCAAGUAGGCGUACCCAGAUCAAUUGCACAAAAUUUAACAUUCCCAGAGCUUGUCACACCUUUCAAUAUCGACAGAAUGCAAGAAUUAGUGCGCAGAGGAAAUGCACAGUACCCAGGAGCAAAGUACAUUGUUCGUGACAAUGGCGAGAGAAUUGAUUUGAGAUUCCACCCUAAACCCUCAGAUUUGCAUUUGCAGUAUGGUUACAAAGUUGAGAGACAUUUAAGAGAUGAUGAUCUGGUGAUCUUCAACCGUCAACCUACUCUCCACAAAAUGAGUAUGAUGGGCCACAGAGUAAAAGUGCUUCCGUGGUCAACUUUUCGUAUGAAUUUAAGUUGCACUUCGCCAUAUAACGCUGAUUUUGAUGGUGAUGAAAUGAAUCUUCAUGUGCCACAAUCAAUGGAAACCCGUGCUGAAGUGGAAAACAUUCACAUUACACCCAGACAAAUUAUUACACCACAAGCCAACAAACCUGUUAUGGGUAUUGUACAAGAUACAUUAACAGCUGUAAGAAAAAUGACUAAACGAGAUGUAUUCCUGACAAAAGAACAAGUGAUGAACCUUCUUAUGUUCUUACCCACUUGGGAUGGGAAAAUCCCACAACCAUGCAUUUUGAAACCACAACCUCUUUGGACUGGAAAACAGAUAUUUACCUUGAUCAUUCCUGGUAAUGUAAACAUGAUUCGAACUCAUUCCACACAUCCUGAUGAAGAGGAUGAUGGCCCAUACAAAUGGAUUUCACCUGGUGACACUAAAGUUGUUGUAGAACAUGGUGAACUUCUCAUGGGUAUCUUGUGUAAAAAAUCUUUGGGUGCUUCAGCAGGUUCUUUGUUGCAUAUUUGCAUGUUGGAAUUGGGACAUGAAACAGCUGGACGAUUUUAUGGUAACAUUCAAACUGUCAUCAAUAACUGGCUUCUCCUGGAAGGCCACUCUAUCGGUAUUGGCGAUACCAUUGCCGAUCCUCAAACAUAUCAAGAAAUUCAGCGUGCUAUCGUUAAAGCUAAAGACGAUGUAAUAGAAGUCAUUCAAAAAGCCCACAACAUGGAGCUGGAACCUACACCAGGUAACACUCUCAGACAGACAUUCGAAAAUCAAGUAAAUCGUAUUCUGAACGACGCUCGUGACAAAACUGGUGGAUCAGCCAAAAAGUCUCUUACUGAGUACAAUAACCUUAAAGCUAUGGUGGUCGCCGGUUCAAAAGGAUCAAACAUCAAUAUUUCUCAGGUUAUUGCCUGUGUGGGUCAACAAAACGUUGAAGGUAAACGCAUACCUUUCGGUUUCCGUAAAAGAACAUUGCCGCACUUCAUCAAAGAUGAUUACGGUCCAGAGUCUAGAGGGUUUGUAGAAAAUUCUUACCUUGCCGGCUUGACGCCUUCGGAAUUUUAUUUCCACGCUAUGGGAGGUCGUGAAGGUCUUAUCGAUACUGCUGUGAAAACUGCUGAGACUGGAUAUAUUCAACGACGUCUAAUAAAGGCUAUGGAGUCUGUAAUGGUACAUUACGACGGCACUGUCCGUAAUUCAGUCGGACAGCUGAUUCAGUUAAGGUACGGCGAAGACGGUCUAGCUGGAGAAACAGUGGAGUUCCAAAAUCUGCCAACAGUCAAAUUAUCUAACAAAGCGUUUGAAAAGAAGUUUAAAUUCGAUCCUUCAAAUGAAAGAUACUUGAAGAGAAUAUUUAAUGAAGACAUCAUCAAGGAACUCACAGAAUCUGGUUAUGUUAUUGGUGAUCUUGAAAGCGAAUGGGAGCAACUUUGCAAAGAUAGAGAAAUUCUUCGUCAAAUCUUCCCUAGUGGCGAAUCUAAAGUUGUACUGCCCUGCAACUUCAAGAGGAUGAUUUGGAAUGUGCAAAAGAUUUUCCACAUUGACAAGAGACUUCCCACAGAUCUGAGCCCAAUUAAAGUCAUACAAGGUGUGAAGGAUCUUCUGAAGAAGUGCGUUAUUGUAGCGGGCGAAGAUCGUUUGUCUAAACAAGCUAAUGAAAACGCUACUCUGCUUUUCCAAUGUCUAGUAAGGUCCACUCUAUGCACAAAGUUUGUGUCUGAAGAAUACCGACUCUCUAGUGAAGCUUUUGAAUGGUUGAUUGGAGAAAUUGAAACUCGCUUCCAACAGGCGCAAGUCAAUCCAGGUGAAAUGGUAGGAGCUUUGGCUGCCCAGUCACUGGGAGAACCUGCCACUCAGAUGACACUGAACACUUUCCAUUUUGCUGGUGUAUCUUCCAAAAACGUAACCCUUGGUGUACCCCGAUUGAAGGAAAUUAUCAACAUUUCGAAGAAACCGAAAGCUCCAUCUCUAACUGUAUUCUUAACUGGAGGAGCAGCCAGAGACGCGGAGAAAGCUAAGAAUGUUCUUUGCAGAUUAGAACACACCACUCUUCGCAAAGUCACUGCAAACACUGCAAUUUAUUAUGAUCCUGACCCCCAAAACACCGUCAUUGCUGAAGAUCAGGAAUUCGUUAAUGUCUAUUACGAAAUGCCUGAUUUUGAUCCCACAAAAAUAUCUCCAUGGCUUUUGCGUAUUGAAUUGGAUCGAAAGAGAAUGACAGAUAAGAAAUUGACUAUGGAACAGAUUGCUGAGAAGAUUAAUGCUGGAUUUGGAGAUGAUUUGAAUUGUAUCUUCAACGACGAUAACGCCGAGAAGCUUGUGUUACGUAUUAGGAUUAUGAACAAUGAAGAAAGUAAAUUCCAAGACAAUGAUGAAGAGACUGUUGAUAAAAUGGAAGACGACAUGUUCCUUAGAUGUAUUGAGGCAAACAUGUUGUCAGACAUGACUCUCCAGGGCAUAGAAGCUAUUGCAAAAGUGUAUAUGCAUUUACCUCAGACUGAAGCCAAGAAACGUAUAAUUAUCACCGAACAGGGAGAAUUUAAAGCUAUUGCUGAAUGGCUACUUGAAACUGACGGUACUUCUUUGAUGAAAGUACUUUCUGAAAGGGACGUCGACCCGAUCAGGACAUUCAGUAACGACAUUUGUGAGAUAUUCCAAGUAUUGGGUAUAGAAGCUGUGCGUAAAUCAGUGGAGAAAGAAAUGAACGCUGUCUUGCAGUUCUACGGCCUGUACGUAAACUACCGUCACCUUGCUUUGCUUUGUGACGUAAUGACAGCUAAAGGUCAUCUUAUGGCCAUCACUCGUCACGGAAUUAACAGACAAGAUACUGGAGCGCUUAUGAGAUGCUCUUUCGAAGAAACUGUUGACGUGUUGCUUGAUGCUGCAAGUCACGCUGAAGUAGACCCUAUGAGAGGUGUAUCUGAAAACAUCAUUAUGGGACAAUUACCGAGAAUGGGAACAGGUUGUUUCGAUUUGUUACUCGAUGCCGAAAAGUGCAAACAUGGCAUGGAAAUGGGUGGUCUUGGUGUUGGAAUGGGUGUUGGUGGUGGCAUGUACUUCGGCGUCGGCACUCCGUCUAUGACACCUCUGAUGACACCAUGGUCAAAUCAGAACACACCUGGAUACGCUAGUAGCGUAUGGUCGCCUGGUCAAGUGGGAAGCAGUAUGACACCUGGAGGACCAUCGUUCUCGCCUUCGGGCGCUUCAGAUGCAUCAGGUCUAUCGCCAGCGUACAGUGCGUGGUCGCCUCAACCAGGUUCCCCCGGAUCUCCCGGACCCCCGCUGUCCCCAUAUGCGUCACCUGCUGGAGCGUCUCCAUCGUAUUCCCCAACAAGCCCCGUAUAUGCCCCGGCUUCUCCAAGUCUCACUCCCACAUCGCCUCACUACUCUCCAACCAGCCCAUCUUAUUCCCCGACGUCACCCAAUUAUUCUCCUACUUCUCCGAUCUAUUCACCGACAUCUCCAAGCUACUCGCCGACGUCGCCAGGCUACUCACCUACAUCUCCGUCGUAUUCGCCGACGUCGCCCAGCUACUCCCCGACAUCGCCGAGUUACUCGCCCACGAGUCCUGCGUACUCCCCGACGUCUCCCAGCUAUUCGCCUACUUCCCCAAGUUAUUCACCUACAAGUCCAUCCUAUUCACCUACGAGCCCGUCGUACUCACCAACGAGCCCGGCAUAUUCUCCGGCAUCACCCGGAUAUUCUCCAUCGUCCCCUAGUUAUUCUCCGACUAGUCCAGUGUACAGCCCUGCUUCGCCGAGCUAUUCGCCGUCUUCUCCGAAUUACACUCCUACUUCGCCGGCGUAUUCGCCAACGAGCCCGUCGUACUCGCCGACUUCCCCCGCGUAUUCUCCAACUUCGCCGAGUUAUUCGCCAUCAUCGCCGAAGUAUUCACCAUCGCCGAAUUACUCUCCGACUUCCCCGUCAGUUGCCGGAGGCAGUCCUACAUAUUCACCGACAAGUCCUCAAUAUUCUCCGACGAGUCCGCAGUACUCGCCUACAAGUCCGACUUACUCGCCGUCGUCCCCGCAGCACCCGGCGAGCACUCGUUAUUCCCCGUCGUCCCCGAAUUAUUCCCCGUCGUCACCCAACUAUUCUCCAUCGUCGCCGGGCUAUUCUCCGUCAUCCACCAAGUAUUCCCCGACAUCGCCGACUUACACUCCUACCUCUCCCAAUUAUUCCCCGUCUUCUCCAGCGUACUCUCCCUCGUCAGCCGGCCCUACCACUUAUUCUCCAACGUCCCCGAGCUACUCUCCUACUUCUCCCACUUACGAGGAUAGUGACGACUAAACCAAAAGUGGAGUUCCAUUGUAUAAUGAUAUCUUUGAAUGUUAUGUAUUUUUUUGUAAAACGAUAUUGAAUUUAUCGCACUCGUUUGCAGUAAAUUAAGUUAUUUCCAAUAAGAUCCCAUUCUGGAUUAAUAUUAGUGUUAUGGUGAGUGAUCAAUUUUUUGUUGGGUCUGUUGCAUCACCUUGAACUGACUGGUUUCUCAAAGCAUUGUGAUUUUAUAAAAUUGGUAAGGACCCAAUAGUUACUCAGAGAAAUUAUAGACGGGAGUCUGUUGCUAUUCGCACGCAUUUCCCUUUGCCGAAGUACAUGAACAUUCGGUUCGAGUUUUGUUAUUUGUGUGACAGCUUCUUUUUCUUAUGCGUUAGAGAUGUUGAUUUUUUCUUAUGUGUGCUGUACGCGUAUACAUCACCUGUCUCAAAAAACGAUGAAAAAAAGUGUAAAACUAUCCCAAAGACAUCUCCCGUCUAUAAUUUCCCCCCGUUUAUAAGUUAUAUCUAACAUUCAAAUAAGUAUACUAGUUUGUAUUAAAUUUUAAAAUGAUAAAUGUAAGUUCAACAAAAUAUGAAUUAAAAAUUAAAAUCCA